UAUCAAGAGAUGGAACUUUAUGCUGAUUCUUUAGUAUGCAUUAGCUUAUUCGUCAUUUCACUGUCACAUGUGGCAAGUUCUAAAGAAUGUUCGCAUGCUUUCACUAAUGGCCCAGGCGUGAUUUCUGAAAGCAACAAUGAAAAUGAGUACAAUACUUGCAAGUAUCAUUUGAAAGCUCCUGAGCAUCACCAUGUUGUUUUGAACAUCACAGAACUGCAAGGAUUCUCCUAUCCAGAUAAUGAACGCUGCAUUCCAAAAUUGACUGUGCGUAACAUUGCAUUAUCAUCAUCUUCAUCUCCAGCCUCGUUUACAAUAUGCAAUGGCCAAAGCGUCAACUUGCCUCUCGUUGUGAUAUCCAGUAAAGCAGAAAUGAAGAUAGUGUUUCGAUGGCAAAGGCCAUUUCAAAGCAGUUUCACAGCCGUAUUUACAUUUCACAAAAUACAAGAAGUAGAACCUUUAGAUACUAGAGCACCGUGUACAUUUAUAUGCCAAAACAACAAGUGUUUACCUAGUUGGUCUUUAGUCUGCAAUUCCGUAGACGACUGUGGUGACAAUUCUGACGAGAUUCCAUGUGGUCAGAUGGCCCACCAGGCAGCCAGUCAAACCUUACUUUUUACAACGACAGAGAGUACAAUUCAACCUAGUGGUUACCCUGAUUCUAGAACUUCAGAAUCAUCUAACAAUGGUACAUUUGAGCAUGUGGAACUGUUUUUUUUAUUGGCGCCAUUAAUGAUAGUGUGUGUAUGUUGUGUGUGCACCAUUACCCAAUAUAGAAAGGGAAGGUGGAGAACUCAACAAAUGGAACAUCAACCAGUACCAAGGAGUGAAUCCUCUGAUAUCACGCAAGUGAGAGAGGUGCAGCCUCACAGUCCACAGUUUCCUAGUCAUCAAAGGCAUGAUAACCUUCUUGCACAGCAAAGGCAAGAUAUAAUGAAUCGAACUUCUGAAACAGAAGAAUAUCCUGCCACUAUAACUCUAUUAGAUGAGGAGGAACAACCACAUCACAGUAGUGUUAAUUUACAUUUACACACUCUGGAUUAUGAUGAGGUGUGUCGAGGGGGCAUACGUGCCCCACCUAAUAGGAUUGCUUUCGAAACUGAACUGCAACAUUCUUUAAUACAUCAAGAGCAAGUACAAAAAUUUCAAUUUUAUUCAACUUAUCCAACUUCAAGAGCACAUUCAUGGGACCGACGGCGACUGCAAACGCAGCGACGAAGUAGUCCUAUUAUUGACAGUAUCACAAGAGCACCAGUAUCGAUUGUGGACUCUGAUCUUGAGGAGCCACCGCCAUAUUCUUGUGCAACUCAGUUGACAAACAAUAACUUGCCAGAAAACUACAGUCUUCAGCAAGAGCCCCCAACAUACCAAGAAGUUGUAACACUUGAUGCAACGUCAUAUCAAAACCAAGAGGCGAAUGCAAGUAACUCUGGGGAUAAAGUGGUAUGA